AUGUCCACCUCCGUCGGUGUCAACGUCCUCCGAUGGUCCGCCCUGGCCACCGGCCUCUUCUACGGCGCCUACACGCAGCUGUCGAUAUCCGCGCGCGAGAAGGUCCAGGCCGAGCAGAAGGCCUACAACCACAAGGAGUCGUUGAUCAGGCAGGCCAAGCAGGAGUGGGCCAAGACACAUCCCCAGGAGCAGCCCAAGCCCUCGUCUGGCGCCAAGGCAGACCCCAAAGACCCCAACGCCGACCUGAACGCAAUCCUCGGCAUCACAGACGAGAAAUGA